AUGUACCACAAGGACAUGGUUGCUGAAGACGGUUCCCGCUUUAUUCCUGAAGUUAAUGGCGAUGUAAAUUGUAACAAGAUUGAUAAUAUAUGUCAUGUGUUUCCGGUUCGGAUAGAUAAUUCUAACCCGAGGGCACCUGCGUUGCCAGGUAACGAGGGUCAAGCAUCAUCUGGGCAGCCUCCAAGCUAUUCUGCACCGUCAUAUGUAACAGUAAAUGAAACUGACCAAACAAACACGACCUUAUUCACAUUUAGCGUGACAGACGAGGGAAAAACCAUCGGGGUAGAGCCUAAUGACGCUGUUACCAGAAAGUUCGUAUUGGUCAGCGUAUCCGUAUCAAAUAUCGGGUGGAUUGUCACUGUCAUGAACAUCAUUCCCUUGGACAGGGACACUAUUGUAACGAAUUCUAUCACACUGUACCUGACUGAUGUCAAUGACAAUGCCCCGGUGUUCAAGGACGAACCUUAUACUUGGUAUCUGAAAGAGGAUAUAAAAGGCAGUGCAAUGAGGCAUUACAAGAUAAACGCAACUGACUAUGACAGUAAUGCCAAUGGGAGAAUAACAUUCACAAUGCAGUCCACAAAUUCCGCGAAGGAGUACAAUGAGACAUUUGCGAUUAAUCCCACAUCCGGAAUGGUCGAUCAAAUGAAACCACUUGACUAUGAGAAAAACAGUUACUACCAGUUCACUGUUACAGCUACGGAUGGAGGAAGUCCACCAAAGAGCACAACGGCCGACUUUAUCAUAAGGGUAGAAGAUGUGCAGGACACGCCCCCUUUCUUUACAGGAAUUCCUUACAGGGCUAUAAUUGAUGAGGGAAUAGUAAUGGGUUCAAAUGUCCUCACAGUCAACGCCCAAGACGGUGACCCCGGGGUUUCCAAUAAUGUUAACUACACAAUUGAAGCAAAUGGUUUGAACAAAAAUUGCUCACAAUUGUUUCAAGUAAACGUGACCAGCGGAAGUGUGUCAACUGCUACAGUUGUAGAUAGGGAGAGCGAUGCAGUUACUAAAGUCAAUGGCGAAUGCAAGUUUAAUAUUACUGGAGAUAAUGCAAAAAUGUGCGUACAAGUGUUAAAUGCUAACGGAGCAAAUAGUACAGAUUUUCAUGCGAUACCCAAGGAAAUCCAAGGAGACGGUAAUAUAACUCUUCUAGUUGCCACAGGCGCGAAUAAAACUCUUCUUGAUUACGAACGAACAAAAAAGGUUUAUCUCAAAGCGACAGAUGAGGAUGACGAUGGAAAUGGAAAUUUAACUUAUAGCUUAGCAGGAGGAAUGAACAAGUUUCGAAUUGACCCGGACGAUGGACACAUAUACACAAAUUGCAUUGCAAGUGCUUUGAAUCGCGAGUUGUUAGACACCUACUAUAUGAGUCUAACAGUGGAGGAUUCCGGUCAUAGGCGGAGCACAGCGCAGCUUAUUGUAUACCUGAAUGAUGAGAAUGACGAAAGACCGAAGUUUUUCCAGGAUACAUAUUAUGUUACAUUGGUGGAAAACGACGAAAAAUACAUUAACAAGUCAUUUGUCACUGUUAGAGCGAAGGACAACGAUCAAAUCAACUCGUCAAAUAGUAAUAUAUCAUAUUGCAUUUUAACAGCAUCUGACAAAAACUUUGUCAAAAAUUUUAAUGUCAAUGAUCAAACUGGGAAUAUCUCGCUGAAUCAUGCCAUAGACUUUGAGAAUAUUACUAAUAGUACAGAGCCUGGGCUUAUUGUUUUAACCAUUCAGGCAACUGACCAUGGCAACCCAUCAUUAAAUUCUAAAGCGACCGUGAGGAUCAUUGUACAGGAUGUAAAUGAUUUCUAUCCGAUAUUUGAGAAAGACCACUAUGGCGCCUCAGUCCAUGAAAACGAAAGUUCCACUCUUCAAAAAGAGGUAUUCGUUACAUAUGUGAACGCUUCUGAUGGCGACGGUACGGAGAGAAAUAGGGGGAUAAACUACUUCAUUGAGUCUGGGUCCUUCGGAAAAUUCAGAAUAGACCCAAAGUCUGGGAAGAUUUCAGUGCAGAUUGACGCAAUACUUGAUUACGACCAAGUGAAUAACUAUACGCUAACUGUAAUGGCAAUUGAUCAAGGCAGUCCUGCACUGAAUAGCACUUGUACCGUUGAUAUCGAUAUUAUAGACGUUAACGACGUGGCACCGAAGUUUCUUAAACCAUCAUGUAAAGCGGGUGUAACAGAAAAUACAACAAGUGACAAUUUUAUAACAGAUUGCACAGCGUAUGAUCCUGAUUUAGAUAGUGAUCUUGUUUACAACAUUUCCAGUAUUGAUGCAUUCGAUGAAACUGGCAAUAAAGUUAACAGCACUCCGAUUUUGUCGUGGUUUGAAAUAGAUAAUAAACGUGGCAACGUCUCAGCAACGAACCAAACAGACAGGGAGUAUGCGCAGAAAAUUGAACUGACAAUUUUAGUGGAAGAUAUGAAUGCUUAUCAUCCCGCACCUCAAAACGAUUCAGUUUUACUCAGCAUAAACUUACUAGACGUAAACGAUAAUAAACCAGAGUUUAGUCAACAGCUUUAUAAUGCCAGUGUGUCGGAAAAGGCUACAACGGGCACAGUUGUAAUUAGCACGAUUCAAGCAACAGAUAAGGAUGUCAACAGAACAAUUACAUUCUCAUUAUUGCCCGGUGAACAUCCAAUCUCAUCAUUUUAUAUAGACAAAAAAACAGGUAUUAUCUCUAAAGUACGUGAAAUUGAUAGGGAACAAAAUGACUCGGUUAUACUUACAAUCGUGGCUCGUGAUAAUGGGGUUCCUUCGAAGAACAAUACAUCAGAGGUCUACGUUGACAUCUUGGAUUUUAAUGAUAACGCCCCACAGUUUAUCAAUUUACCGUAUAAUAGACGUAUCAGCGAAAGUGUUACAGUUAAUAAGACAGUUUUAAAAGUUUCUGCAUACGAUAGAGAUGAGGAAAUGAACAGUAAAGUCACAUAUUACAUCAAAAGUGGAUCGGGUGUAAAUUUCUCUAUUAAUGAAAUAACUGGCGAAAUAAUAGUGCAGACACCGCUUGACAGAGAAACCCGAUCUGAGUAUGACAUUGUUGUCAUAGCAAAGGAUAACCCAAGAGACGCAGCCUUUCAAAAAACUAACGAGACAACAGUUCAUAUUUCGAUUUCCGAUGUCAAUGACAAUCCACCAGUAUUUCCUCAACAACCCGCAAUACGCAUAUUAGAAAACAUUGCAAUUAAUACUACAAUAUUGACGAUAUCUGCCACAGAUGCGGACCAGGAAAAUACCAACAAUUCAAUGUUGGUCUAUCACGUUGAAGAUGACAAUUUCAAUUUCUUCAAUAUAUCAGGAAAUGAACUUUAUACACAAACAGAUUUAAGAGAUCAUGUUGGCGUGUACAAUGUAACUGUGGUUGCAAAUGAUUUGGGAGACCCACAAAUGUCUGCGAACACAACUAUUCAAGUUGAAGUGGAGGAUGUAAACCUUCAUGCGCCGUAUUUUAAUAACAUUCCUAAAGGCAACAUCCUAACCCUUUUUGAGGUAUAUUUCUUUUGA